AUGACUACUACGCCCAUCGGCGAGAAGUUACUCACCGCCCACGAGUUCCUCCGGCUAUGCGAGCAGCGGGUCGUCAAGGGUGAGUUGGUCAAAGGAGUGGUGAGCAAAACCGUGUCGGCGAAUGGAGAGCACAGCGAAAUCGCGGCCGCACUAACGUCAGUGCUGGUGAAUCAUGUCCGUCCCCUUCGUUUGGGGCGGGUUUCGACAUCCGAUGCUGGCGUAUUUCUGGAGCGGGAUCCCGACACAGUGCGGGAACCGGAUGUAGCCUUCAUCUCUGCCGAAAAACUGCCGCUGGACGUAAAAAUCCGCGGCUUCUACGAGGUCGUACCCGAUCUGGUGGUCGAGAUAGUCUCCCCUGGUGACAGCGCGCGAUACAUGAGCGAGCGGGUAGCCAUGUGGCAGAGCCACGGAGUACCACUGGUGUGGGCGGUCUAUCCCGUGGCAAGGGUGGUGGCCGCGCACCCCCUGGGCAAGCCAACGCUCGUCUACACCGAGGACGACGAGCUGGACGGUGGUGCCGUGCUGCCCGAAUUCCGCUGUUCAGUGCGUGACAUCCUGGACUGGUAG